AUGAAGAAGCUUUUUGGCUUCGGCAGUAAGACGACUGUGCUGUCCGCCGGCUCCUCUGGGGAGGGCGGUAGUGGAGUCAACCAGCUGCCCGGGUACCAUGUCCGAGACAAGGAUCUCGGGAAGAUACACAGAGCAGCCUGUGAGGGCGAUGUGGCCAGAGUGCAGCAGAUCCUGCUGCUCAGGAAAAAUGGCCCCAGUGAUAAAGACAAGAAGAACAGGACUGCUCUGCAUCUGGCCUGUGCCGGUGGCCAUCCAGCAGUGGUGACUGUACUAGUAAAGUGGAAAUGCCAGCUUAACGUAUGUGACAGUGAGAACAGGACAGCGCUGAUAAAGGCUGUCCAGUGCCAGCAAGAAGAAUGUACCAGUAUUCUGCUGGAACAUGGUGCCGACCCAAAUCUUGUGGAUGUCAGGGGCCACACGGCCCUCCACUAUGCUGCCUUUGGUCCGAAUAUCUCCAUCGCAGCAAAGCUGCUUUCAUACAAUGCUAACAUAGAAGCAAGAGACAAGGAUGACCUGACACCACUUUUACUUGCUGUCAGUGAAAACCAACAGCAAAUGGUGGAAUUUUUAUUACAGAAAGAAGCCAACAUACAUGCAGUUGACAAGAUGAAAAGAACAGCCCUCAUACUUGCCGUAAAUUUUGCAUCAUCAAGUGUAGUCAAGCUGCUUCUUGAGCAAGGCGUUGAUAUCUUUCCUCAAGAUCACUAUGGACGGAAUGCAGAAGACUAUGCUGUUAUCAAGGGUCAUCAUAUGACGCACAACUUAAUUUUGGAAUAUAAAGGAAAAAAGGGACCUAAAACUCCUUCUCGAGAUAGUAAACAAGCUUCUCCGGAAAAACAUCCUCACUCGAAGCCUCCAGUUGGAGUGAAAAAUGUUGUUCGUAAAAAAACAGUUGGAACAAAGGAUUUGCAAACGUCCAGAUCAGACUCUCAGUGUCAUCACGUCAACUCAGGGAGCCUGGUGGCCUCCAGGUCAGCUCCUUCUGCCUGUGUUGGGGCCUGGACAGUCUCUCAAGGCAGUAGGAAGGGAAUCUUGCACAUGUUCCUCUGUCUUGGCGAGAAGCAGAUGGCAGGAGGACGUUCUGUUAGCUUAGGUGCAGUUCUUGCACACAAAAGACCGCUAGAACUUGAAAACAACCGAGGUGAACUCCUUAAAGCAAAAGUUAAAAACAUGGAAAGUAUGAUCAGUGGCCUACGAAAGGAGCUAUCAGAAACAAAAGAAGUGAAGUCCCAGUUAGAGCAUCAAAUGGCAGAGUGGCAAGGAGAGCUCUGCAGCUUGAGAUUAUCCUUAAAACAAGAAGAAGAGCAAAGAAAAAAGGCAGAUAUGUUAUCUGAAGAAAUUAGAGAGCAGUUAAGAAGAGAAGAAGAGCAAUGUAGUAAAGAAACUGAAUUGAAACAGCAACUUGAACUCACUGUCGAAGGACUACAAGGGGAAUUGAAGGCUGUGAGAGAUAGGCUGAACCAGAUUAACCGGGACAUCAUCACUUCCACUGAUGACAGGGAGGAAGCAGAGGGCCAGUUCAGAGACCCUAUGUUGGAUGUCAUCCUUCUCCUUGUUUCUGAUCGUCACGAAAAAGCAACAAAUCUGUUACAUGAAAAUCUCAUGAUGCAGGAUGAAAUUGCCACAUUAAAACGAGAAAUAGACACAAUAAAAAAUGAGAACCAGGAAAAGGAAAAGAAAUAUUUAGAGGACAUUGACAUUGUAAAACAAAAGAAUGAUGAGCUUCAAAAGACAAUAAAACUUAAUGAGGAAAAAUUGACACAGACAUACAGUGGACAGCUUCAUGAUCUGACAGCUGAGAAUACAAGGCUGAAGUCUAAACUGAAGAAGGAAGAACAAAAGACAGAAAGCCUGGAAACAGAUGUUGCAUUAUAUUGUUCCAAGCUGACUACUGCCAUGAAUGAUCAUGAGCAAAGUCAGACAUCAAAAAGAGACCUGGAACUCACCUUUCAGAGAGCAAGAGGUGAGUGGCUAUGCUUACAGGACAAAAUGAAUUUGGAGAUGUCUAACCUGAAAGAUCACAAUGAGCUACUUUUGCAGCAAUUGUCUGAAACCCAACGUAAAUUCAGUAGCCUAGACAUUGAGAUGCAUCACACGAGAGAUGCUCUCAGAGAAAAGUCUUUGGUGUUAGAACAGGUACAGAGAGAACUGAGCCAAGCACAGUGUCAGAAGAAGGAAAGUGAAGACCCGUGUCGACGUGAACAAGGCAAAGUGAAGGAAUACAUGGGCAAGCAGGAGCGCUUGGAGGAGAGAUUAGCCCAACUAGAGAGUGAAAACCUGUUGCUGCGACAACAGCUGGAUGAUGUGAGAAACAAAAUCGAGAGCAAAGAGAAGAUGGUAAUGGAUAGCCAAGAAUGGUUUCAGGAUAUCUUGAAGACCCUUCAAGACCAAAGGGAAAAGGAAAGUCUGAUGCUGGAGGAAAGCCUUAAGAAGUUAACCAAUGAGCUUCAUCUUCUCAAGGAGAGACUGUCUCCGGCUGAAAAUGUGAAAACACAGAGAGCAUUGCAAGAAGCACAAGAUCGAUAUAUGGAGGCCGUGAAAUGUACUGAGAAGAUGCAGGAUCAAAUGCAAAAGCUUGAAAAGGAAAAUGCCGAGUUAAAAGUUACAAACAAAAUGCAAGUGGGCAAAAUUGAAGAGCUUCAGAAAAACCUGCUGAGUCUAAGUUCGGUUGAAGCAGAAAAGAAGGAGCACAGAAGCAGUGUGAUGGAAGCGUCAGAGAGCAGACGUGAUGCUGAUGAUGAGAGUGGGUUACUUCAACAGAGACAGAAGGGAAAGACUAAUACCCAGCAGUUUCCUACUAUGGGGAAUGAAGAUUCUGAUAGGCAUGCAAAGAAAAUACCUAAUGAAAAGAACAAGGUCCCAGGGCAAGUUAAUUCUGUGGAUGACCUUGAUGACUUAACUCUGAUACCUGAAACAGCUUCUGAGGAUCGUGAGUUGCUUUCCUCCGAGUCUAAGACUUCUGUGUUGCUAAUUGAACAACCUGGCCUGGAGUGUAAAGGUUCUGUUAGCUUAGGUGCAGUUCUUGCACACAAAAGACCGCUAGAACUUGAAAACAACCGAGGUGAACUCCUUAAAGCAAAAGUUAAAAACAUGGAAAGUACGAUCAGUGGCCUACAAAAGGAGCUAUCAGAAACAAAAGAAGUGAAGUCCCAGUUAGAGCAUCAAAUGGCAGAGUGGCAAGGAGAGCUCUGCAGCUUGAGAUCGUCCUUACAAAAAGAAGAAGAGCAAAGAAGAAAAACAGAUAUGUUAUAUGAAGACAUUACAGAGCGAUUAAGAGAAGAAGAGGAGGAACACAGGAAAGAUGUUGAAUUGAGAGACCAACUUGAACUCACUCUCAGAAUACUAGAACUGGAAGUGCAGACUGUGAGAAAUAGGCUGACCCAGAUUAACCGGGACAUCAUCACUUCCACUGAUGACAGGGAGGAAGCAGAGGGCCAGUUCAGAGACCCUAUGUUGGAUGUCAUCCUUCUCCUUGUUUCUGAUCGUCACGAAAAAGCAACGAAUCUGUCGCAUGAAAAUCUCAUGAUGCAGGAUGAAAUUGCCACAUUAAAACGAGAAAUAGACACAAUAAAAAAUGAGAACCAGGAAAAGGAAAAGAAAUAUUUAGAGGACAUUGACAUUGUAAAACAAAAGAAUGAUGAGCUUCAAAAGACAAUAAAACUUAAUGAGGAAAAAUUGACACAGACAUACAGUGGACAGCUUCAUGAUCUGACAGCUGAGAAUACAAGGCUGAAGUCUAAACUGAAGAAGGAAGAACAAAAGACAGAAAGCCUGGAAACAGAUGUUGCAUUAUAUUGUUCCAAGCUGACUACUGCCAUGAAUGACCAUCAGCAAAGUCAGACAUCAAAAAGAGACCUGGAACUCACCUUUCAGAGAGCAAGAGGUGAGUGGCUAUGCUUACAGGACAAAAUGAAUUUGGAGAUGUCUAACCUGAAAGAUCACAAUGAGCUACUUUUGCAGCAAUUGUCUGAAACCCAACGUAAAUUCAGUAGCCUAGACAUUGAGAUGCAUCACACGAGAGAUGCUCUCAGAGAAAAGUCUUUGGUGUUAGAACAGGUACAGAGAGAACUGAGCCAAGCACAGUGUCAGAAGAAGGAAAGUGAAGACCCGUGUCGACGUGAACAAGGCAAAGUGAGGAAAUACAUGGGCAAGCAGGAGUGCUUGGAGGAGAGAUUAGCCCAACUAGAGAGUGAAAACCUGUUGCUGCGACAACAGCUGGAUGAUGUGAGAAACAAAAUCGAGAGCAAAGAGAAGAUGGUAAUGGAUAGCCAAGAACGGUUUCAGGAUAUCCUGAAGAACCUUCCAGACGAAAGGGAAGAGGAAAGUCUGAUGCUGGAGGAAAGCCUGAUGCUGGAGGAAAGCCUUAAGAAGUUAACCAAUGAGCUUCAUCUUCUCAAGGAGAGACUGUCUCCGGCUGAAAAUGUGAAAACACAGAGAGCAGUAAGUAUCCAGAAAGAGAAGGGAUUCUCAGACUUGCUGAAGGGAAGUUCAGAGUAA